AUGACCUUUUUUAUGAACAUCUGUUCUGCUUCUAUUGAGAUCCCGAAUGAGUAUAAUUUUAAUAAAUGGAAGAAAUACUUAAAGUUUUCAUUAGGGAUUGGUGACCUUGACAUAGCAUUGCGUGAAACUAAACCUAUGAUCAAUGAUCAGAGUACACCGGAAGAGAAAGAAAAAUUAGCUAAGUGGGAGAGGAGUGAUCAACUUAGCUUGUAUGCUAUGAAGAGGACCAUUUCUAAACAUCUGAUAAGUGGAUUUCCUGAGAAAGAGAAUGGUAAAGAAUAUCUUACUGUUAUUGGAGAGAGGUUUAAGGUAUCUGAUAAUGCUGAAUCUGGAUGUUUAAUGAAACGACUCACAUACAUGAAAUAUGAUAACAACGGGGGUGUCAGAGAAUUCAUUCUUAAGAUGGUUCAUGCUCAAACCAAACUGAAAUCCCAUGACAUUGACUUGAAUGAGAGUUUCAUCGUGUCUCAUGCCUUAAACUUCCUACCUGCUGAGUUCACUCAAAUAAAAAAUGUCUAUAAUACCUUUGGUGAUAAAUGGACUAUCAAUAACCUCAUUACCAAGUGUGUAGCUGAAGAAUAG